CACGACAACGUGCCUCGGAUUCUCCAUCUGACAGGCCCAUGGGAUUUCCAGUCCUCCGUUCGAACCACAGCAUUGCCUAGAUGUGCCAAGGGUAGCUGAUGCUUGGAGGUACUUUGCCAAUAACACUCUUCAACUGUAUUUGUUUUCCCCAAGCAUUUACUACGAGUAUAUUAUAUCGAGGAUCUAGUAGCUGCAAGAGGGACGAAAAAAAAGUGCACGCGCAAUCUACUACUGCUGGUGACAUCUGCGCAACCUCGGUGGCAACAUCGUGAGCAAGCAGAUCAGUUACACACAACAGAACAAUCGGGAUCCAUAACAAUGUCACCAAAAUGGUACCGACGGAUUCGACCCGCGUUCCAAAGAGACGGAGCUCUGCAACCAUUUCGCCUCCUCCGCCAAGAUCUGCGUAACCUGCCAAAGAGAUAUCUAUCGGACUGGACGACGUUCAACCAGCUGGUGUUUGCGAGCGCCGUGUACGUAUUCUUCACAAAUCUGCUGCCGGGUAUCACGUUCGCGAACGAUCUGUAUGUUUUGACGGGGAGCAACUGGGGUACUAUUGAGGUUGUGUUCAGCACGGGACUAUGUGGGAUUAUAUUCAGUCUAUUCUCGAUACAACCUCUCACCAUACUCGGUGUCACAGGCCCCUUUUCUAUCCUGGCUGAGAACAUGUACGAACUAUGUGAAUCAUCUUUCCAUAUCCAAUUUCUCCCCUUCAUGACCUGGUCCCUCAUCCACGCAGCCUGGCUCCACUACCUCCUCGCCAUCUUCAACGCACACGACUGGACGAUGCGGUACGUGACGACCUUCAGCACGGAGAUCUUCUCGCUCCUCAACUCCAUCAUCUACUUCCACAAAGCCGUCCAGGAGCUCCAACGCGCCCAACGCUCCCUCUCCUUCGCCGCGUUCCUCUACUCCGUCAUCGGCGCCAUCGGCACCUGCCUCGUCGCCGUAUUCCUCAGCAGCGCCGAGAAAUGGAAACCCCUCUUCCACCGGUACAUCCGCAUGGGGCUCGCCGAGUAUGCGGCCGCCAUCUCCAUCAUCAUCUUCAUCGCGUUGCCUCACACAGGGGAACUCGCAUCCCUCGACAAAGAAACCCUCCACGUCUCUACCUCCUUCCGCCCCACGAACCCGGACCGCACCGCCUUCUUCGUCCGCUUCUGGGAGCUCCCCGUGCAAUGGGUGUUCGCGGCGCUGAUCCCUGGCGCCAUCAUCACCGCGCUCUUCUUCUUCGACCACGAAGUCUCCAGCAUCAUCUGCACCAUCUCGCGCUACGGGACCCGCAAGCCCGGCGGCUUCGCAUGGGACAUCGUGCUCCUGGGCACCACGACCGCCAUCUGCGGCAUCCUCGGGAUCCCCCCCGCCAACGGCCUCCUCCCCCAAGCCCCCCUCCACUCCGAGUCCCUGAUGCACGACGACGCCGAGUCCCUGACCCUCACCUCCUCGUCCACAGGCACCCCACACACCGAGACCCGGACCUCCCGCCGCGUCUACGAGCAACGCUGGUCGCACUUCCUGCACGCAGCGGGGAUCAUGGCAUUCACAUCGCCCCCGCUCAUGCGCGUCCUCGGGCUAACCCCCACAUCCGUCCUCGCAGGCCUCUUCCUCUUCAUGGGCGAGCAAUCGCUGUCCGUGAACCCCAUCCUCUACCGUACUUUCUACCUCCUCACGCCGCCGUCCGAGCUCCCCGCGUUACCGGCCUCUGUCGCCGCGAAACACGGCGGCGCGGGGAAUAGCAUGAGGGCGUACCUUCCCGUGCAUAUGUACACGAUUACGCAGGUGGUGGUCACGGUGGUUAUCUUCAUAGUCACGCUGACGAAGGCCGGGCCCGCGUUUCCGAUCAUUAUCAUUGCGCUUGUGCCGGUCAGGUUGAAGGUCAUGAAUAGGGUUUGGGAUCGGGAGGUGUUGAGGUAUGUGGAUGCUUGGGCGUGUAGGGAGGGGACGGUGGAGGAUGAGGAGGAUAGGCGGAAGGGGCUGCGGACUGGUGGUGGUGAUACGGUGAUUGGGAGUGGGGUGGGGUUGCAGGGUAGUGAGACGGAUGUGGAGUUGCAGUUGAGGAGUGGGAGUGAGACGGAGCUGGAGGAUGGUGCGAGGGGUGGUGAUGGGGGUGUUGUGAGGGCUAGUGGUGUGGAUGUUAAGGAUGGGGAGGAUAUGAAGAGGUGAGAGGGGUAGAUUUCCCUUGAUUAAGACGGGGGUAGAUUUGUAGAUUUUGUAGAUUUCGUAAUUUUGCAUUGCAUGGUCCUGGCAUGUACAAGUCAAUGGAUUUGUUCCGAC